AUGGACUGUUCAAGUGCUAUGCUAGAAGGUGUCGUCGUCUUCUGGCACGCCUACCGUCUACCUAUCCUCAUAACCCUGUCCACUCUGUUUGUCUUCGUCCAAGCCUACCGCAAACUUCAACCCAAGUUCAAAACCGAAGCGUCCUCGUCCCUCCCCCCCUCCCCUCGAAGCCAUUCCCCUGAGAAGAGCGAGAAGAUUCCGGUCAGUGAUGGAACAAAGAAGGAGCCUCCGGCGGUCAGCAAGUCCACCGGUCCAAAGGUGGUGACUGGUAAAAAGCCGGUCAAAGGUGGAAAACGCGGUGGUUCCGAUGAAACACCGCCCUUGUCCUUUAUCCAGCCGAUUGUGUUCUUCGCCUCGUUGACUGGUACGACCGAGAGGUAUGCCCACAUGUUUGUGGAGGAACUGCGUGCCGCGGCACAGAACCGGGCCGACCCCGAGAACCGUGAAAGAGGUCUUCUUCCCCCUCAGCUGCACGAUCUGGCCUACGUCGAUCUCGACGACUUCUUUACUUCCGCACCCAAGCCGCCGUCGACUUCGCCUGGAACCCGCUACGUAUAUUGUCUGUUGAUUCCGACAUACAACAUUGACACCGUACUGAACACCUUCCUGGGUCACCUGGAUGAGACACACCACGAUUUCCGUAUCGACACUGGAUCGCUCUCUCAGCUCGCUGGAUUUUCAGUCUUUGGUUUUGGCGACAAGGAAGGAUGGCCGACCGAGGAAGAAGGGUACUGCUCACAGGCCAAGGAACUGGACCGAUGGAUGGCCAAACUGACCGGGAAAAAGAGAGCUUUCCCACUGGGACUGGGUGAUGUCAAGAGCAAUGCUGAACAAGCGCUGAAGGAAUGGUCGCACGGACUGCAGGAUAUUCUGUACGAUAUUCUGCAGAACGGCGGUCUUGGUGAAGGCGUUCCCGGCAGUGGUGAUCCAUUGGAAAGCGACGAAGAAGACUUUGAUGACGAAAAUGAAACCGAUGUCGCGAAACCCAAGAGCAAGCGUGGUAAAGGCCAAAGUCAAUCGGUUGUGGACCUUGAGGAUAUCAAGGUGAACCCUGAUAGCCCGGCGCCUCUCGCAGUUGAUUUCACGACUGGAGGAAAGUCAGAGCCGCAGGCCAAGGAGAUGGUGCCAAAGACAUCGCCUACGUAUGCUUCUCUGACAAAACAAGGUUACUCGAUUGUUGGCUCGCAUUCCGGUGUCAAAAUUUGCCGUUGGACCAAGUCUGCUCUGCGUGGCCGUGGUUCGUGCUACAAGUUUUCCUUCUACGGUAUCAAAUCGCAUCUCUGCAUGGAGGCUACGCCGUCGCUCUCUUGCAGUAACAAGUGUGUAUUCUGCUGGCGCCACGGAACAAACCCGGUCGGAACGACUUGGCGAUGGAAGGUCGACGACCCGGACAUGAUCUUCGAUGGUGUCAAGGAUGGCCACUACAAGAAGAUUAAGAUGCUACGCGGAGUGCCCGGUGUACGAGCGGAGCGUUUUGCAGAGGCGAUGCGGAUCCGACACUGCGCACUGAGUCUGGUCGGCGAACCGAUCUUUUACCCUCACAUUAACCGAUUCCUGGAUCUGUUGCACAGCGAACGCAUUUCAAGUUUCUUGGUGUGCAACGCGCAGCACCCCGACCAACUGGAGACCCUUCACCGUGUGACUCAGCUAUAUGUAUCGAUCGACGCCAGUAACCGGGAAAGUCUGCGGAAGAUUGACCGACCGCUGCACCGUGAUUUCUGGGAGCGAUUCCAGCGCUGCCUUGACAUUCUGCGGGAGAAGCGCAAUGUGCAGCGGACCGUUUUCCGUCUUACUCUGGUCAAGGGAUUCAACGUCGAGGAUGAGGUGAUCGGAUACGCCAACCUGGUUGAAAAGGCACUGCCUUGCUUUGUCGAGAUCAAGGGUGUGACCUACUGCGGUACCAGCACGAGCGCCGGCGCGGGGUUGACCAUGCAAAACGUUCCUUUCUACGAAGAAAUCACCGAAUUCGUCCUCGCCCUGAACGAGGAACUUGAGCGACGAGGACUCAAGUAUGGUCUUGCGGCGGAACACGCCCACAGCUGCUGUGUGUUGCUGGCAUCUGAACGCUUCCAUGUAAACGGAAAAUGGAACACGCGCAUUAACUACGAGCGAUUCUUUGAACUUCUCGAGAAGGAGAAAGCGGAUGGAACCUCGUUCGCCCCGGAGGAUUACAUGGAUGAGACAACAGAAUGGGCUCUCUGGGGCAAUGGAGGAUUCGAUCCCAAUGACGAACGAGUCUACAAGAAGGGCAAGAAGGCCAAGGUUCAGAAGGAAUUGGCAAACAGUACUGCAAAUGAAGCAUGA